GGUUAUAUUUCGCAAUCGUCCUUAACUCACGUUCAUACAUUUUUAUCUAAAUGAGAAACAAAUAUAGUCAAAUGUAGAAUGUACGAUGUAAUUCCGACACUAAAUAAAGUUAUUUAACAAAACCGGUGUCUGCAUAAGCGAGUUAGCAUGUCUACGACAAAAUUUAGAUUCAUAUUGAGAGACUUGGGGGUGAUGAGACUAUGGAGUGCGUGGACGCAUAAAUACAUAUUCAGUACUGUUGUGAGAAGGUGUAUACGUGAUCGUGGUGUUCGAGAAGUGAUUCAACGUUUCAGACACACGAUAUUACGUCCAAAACGGACGUUGUUGUUGUCCGCGACAGCGGCUUAUAAAAGUCAUGACGGUUCGUUUAGCUGCGAUCAAGGGAUAUCGGACGGUGAAUUACAGGAUUUAUUACUGGAAUUAGAUAAUGCCCAGAAUCUCGUCCAGAUGACGCUGUACUGCACGAGGUGCGGGAAGCGUCUCGCGAUCGACAGGAAACAGGCUGGCGUAACAUAUUGUGGAUGUAAAGAACCAACGGCGAAAAAGGACUCAUCCGAGGGGUGGGUUCCGUAUAUGGAGACGGAUGACGUCAUCAUAUGGAGGAAGGAGUACAAACCAGGGAAAGGAUUAUACGCUUACAAAGUUUACGGUCGUUAUCCGGAAGUGGCGGCCAGUGAUUUCGCAGCUGUGCAAAUAGAUGGCGCUUAUCGUCGCGCGUGGGACUCGGCGGUCGCGGCUCUGGCUGUGGUGCAACGUGACGCCCGUGGCGUACCCGGACAAGCGGUGCUGCACUGGGAGGUGCUGUGGCCGCGACUGUUCGCGAACCGAGAUUAUGUUUACAUAAGACGUCACAAGGAAUUCGACAUCACGACAAAAGAUAAAACGAAAACGCCCGAAGCGUUACCGACGUUCGAGAAGAACGUGCUCGCGAAAGCGAAAAGGAAAUCAUUAGAGGGCAACGCGAAAGAAAAGACCGGAGAUGUACAAAAUAAAGUUUAUAUAAUCGUAUCGAAGUCGUGCGAACACCCUGACGUGCCGGAGACGAAGCACGCGAUACGUGUUGCGGAGUACUGGAGCCACAUGGUGGUCAAGAGCGUGGAUGGUACUGAAAAGCCGGGCAUGGAGUUCGUGCUGACGUACUACGACGAGCCGGGCGUGGGCGGCAUGCCGGGCGGCGUGGCGGCGUGGGCCUCCAGCCGCGCCGCGCCCGCCUACCUGCAGCGCAUGCGCCGCGCCGCCGCCGACUACCGCGCCUGGGCCGCGCGCCGCCCCGCGCAGGACAUCCCAGACUUCGUACCUUUCGGUCCAGAUCAAGUCAACAACGAGCAAGCUGUUCAAAUCAAAGAGCAAGAUAUGGAGUCUUCAAAACAAGGACCGGAAAUGGAGAAUGGCGUUACAACUCAAGACCAGGGGUCGCAGACUGAAGAGUACCUAAUAAAAAACUAUUGUAUAAACAGCAACGCGAUCAAAGAUGAUGUUGACGAUAAAGUCAAUAAAGUACCCGCGAAGCGUGAAGUCAGCGUUCAGACGAAUGGGGGGGAGGAUACGUCGAGGAGUGAUAAGAAUUCGUCAGGCGUGCAAGAGGGAGACAGCGACAAAGCACCCGAGGAAGAGAACAACGGUGGAUGGUGGCGAUACCUGUACCCGUUCUACUAUUUCGUUUGAUCCGAAGUCAAUUAACCAGUGGCUCAUUAUAUGAGACAGUUUUAAUGUUUGGAUCACGAUGAGUCAUCCGUUAAACGUAGUUGAUUUAAGCGUAAGUUUAAAUAUAGCUUUAAUUUACGACGCUAAA